CCGAAAAGAAGGAGGCGUGGGCGAUCAAAAGAAAACCCCAGAGAAAAAGAAAGAAAGAAUGAUGAAUGCGCCUCCUCCGCCAUUGAAGAAGCCUAAGGUGGAGUCAGAAGAAAGAAUGAUGAAUGCCCCUCUUCCGCCAUUAAAGAAGCCUAAGGUGGAGUCAGAAGAAAGAAUGAUGAAUGGGCCUCCUCCGCCAUUGAAGAAGCCUAAGGUGGAGUCAGAAGAGAAUACAAAUGGCGAAAUUCCCGUGGGGACGCCCGAGGCGAAUGCAAGUGCCGACGAUAGUAUCAGUGAUGAAGAUGAACAAGCUAUUAUGAUUGCUCUAAUAAAGCAUCGAACACAUGAAGUUGAACACAAUCGUACGCGGAUGAAAUACUAUCAGGACCAGCUUGCCAAAUCAGAAAAAAGUUUAGAGGAUGUGAAGGCUAAAUAUGCUCGUUUUAGACGUCAGAACAAUACAAGUGAAAAGUUGCAGACACAUGAUUUUAAAUCCUCUAGGGAUUCACCUGCUCCUAAUGAGGUCAAGAGAGAUCCACCUCAAUCUCAGUUGCAGGCCAAACCAAAACUUCUUUCUCCAUCUGUCAAACCAAAAACAUCUCAAACUCCGAGGAUUGAAGAUUCUACUCCAGUUUCGAGAGUGAAAAAUUCCCAAACUCUGAGGAUUGAAGAUUCUACUCCAGUUUCCAAAGUGAAAACUUCCCAAAAUGUGAAAACAGAAGGUUCUACACUGGUUGGGAAAGUGAAAACUACACAAACAGUGCCGAUGGAAGACUCUGGGAGAAAAAGGAAGCAUGAGCAGAAGGAACACACAGAAUUGAUCUCUAUGAUACGUAGAUCAUCAUCUGCAACGAAAGUUAAUUGCCAGACGGGGUGCGUCAUUUCAAGUCAACACAAAAGGAAAAUGAGAAGUCUUAUUUUGUGCCCAACAAAUGAUCAGUUGUUUAUGACCAGUGCCUUGGACGGAGUAAUCAACUUGUGGCAACUCCAUGGAAGAGGAUCGGGCGCAUCUCUCCUUAGUUCGACAGACAGCGUCUCGCCAAAGGAGAGGAGAUGGCCUGAAGAUACAGCAUGGCAUCCAGAUGGGGACUGCCUAUUCUCUGUAUACAGCGCUGACGGAGGCGAUUCUCAGAUAUCAUUACUAAAUCUGAACAAAACAAAAGCUGGACGGGUGUGCUUCUUAGAGAAUAAGCCUCAUUUUAAGGGAAUUAUCAAUAACAUAGUUUUCAUGCCAUGGGAAAAUCCCUGUUUUGUUACCGGAGGCAGCGAUCAUGCAGUUGUGGUGUGGACGGAUAAAGAAGGAGAUUGGAAACCAAAAGCGUUGCACAGGAACCUGCAUUCUUCAGCUGUGAUGGGAGUAGCAGGGAUGCAACAAAAGCAAAUUGUAUUGUCUGUUGGUGCAGACAAGAGAAUUAUUGGGUUUGAUGCAGCUGUAGGAAGAGCAGAUUAUCGCCAUCAGAUUGACAGCAAAUGUAUGAGUGUUGUUCCAAAUCCAUGUGACUUCAAUCUAUUCAUGGUUCAGACUGGGACUCCUGAGAAGCAGCUGAGGCUAUUUGAUAUAAGAUUGAGAAGGGCAGAAAUUCAUGCAUUUGGAUGGAAACAAGAAAGCAGCGAAUCACAAUCGGCGCUAAUAAACCAGGAUUGGUCUCCAGACGGGCUUUACAUCACGUCGGGUUCUGCAGAUCCUGCGAUCCAUAUAUUCGACAUAAGGUAUCCGGGUAACAAGCCUUCUCAAUCGGUGAAAGCGCAUAACAAAAGAGUAUUCAAAGCAGCUUGGCACCAGAAUUAUCCCCUCUUGAUUUCAAUCUCUUCUGAUUUGAACAUCGAACUGCACAAGAUUACUUGAGAGAUACAUUAUUAUUAUUAU